AUGUCGUCCCGAGGGCAGCCGCAGUACCGCUACGUGCCGGUUGAACUCUCCCACGUGGGACGCGCAGACGGCAGCAGCGGGGCGGGACUCAGUACUUCCGAGAAUCUGCAGAAGUGGCAGGCAUUCGGCCUCAACACGGGUGCUAUGCAUGGGCUCUCACCGGCCGCUCAGCCAAAGCAGAGCGCUGGACGACCUGUGCAUCACCACCUUGUGGAGGAGGAGGCCGAGGAGGAGGAGGUGAUGGUGGUGGCGGAGUGCAAUCAGAGAAUGGACGCUGGUGCCGUGGAAGCGGAGAAGCAGCAGCAAACGAAGCAGAAAAAUAUGGAGGGAAGCUCUGUAUCGGCCAUUCAUCGGAAGCUGUUUGAGCUCUCCUCACGUGUUGGGGAGGCGGCGAAGGAAGCCAAAAGUCUGGCCUCCGCCCGACGUGGGCCGCCAAGUAAACAAAGCAGCCGCAGCACGAAUAGAAAGGCGGCGGGUGAUCCUGGCGGUGGUGGUGGCGUUGCGACUACGGCGACCGCUUUGGCUGCGGCGUUUGCGGGAAAACGUCUCAGCGAACGCGGGGAUGGGUUGGAAGAACAACACGCAAGCAAGCGAAAGUCCGCUCCUAGUGAGGGUAGAGCUUCCACCGCCGUGGAAGAUACGACCCCACACGAGCAACAAGAAAAGGGACAGAAGAAGAAGAAGUCAAACACCCGAAAUUCCCGUGCAGCAACUACUCCCAAUCGAAGGACUAAGGUGCCACAGCGACGAGCGUUGUUUUCGAUGCCCGCUGAACCACUGUCCAUCUCCCGUCAGGCUGAGCCCGUGGCCUUCAAGGAGCUGGACAGUAGUACGGCUCUCUUUGAGGAUGUGCAGGCGACACUGAAGGAUCCAGAUCGUAUUCAGGCUCCGACACUUUUUGUGGCGUUCAUCCUACACGAGGGAGAGACGAACUUCUCCAUUUCCGCAGCUACGCAUGGGAAGGUUCACUUUUUGCGCGGAAUUAACCCUGAGGUGAGUCAUCUGAAGGCGCAUCUCUUCGUCCUUCGCUGGAAAGAUGAUGUAUUCGUCCUGCCUGCUUCCGUUGCUCUAGUGUUUCUGGUGCGUGUUACGGAAGAACUCCCUGGAGUUGAACUUGUGACGUUCAAUGCCCCAUCACUGCUACUUCUACUUCUCUCCUACAGGCAGGGCAAUUUCUUUACCUCAUGCGUCUCAGAUAUUCGUCUCAUGUCGUGGAUGUUGCAGCCCUCAGCUGGUACGGAUGCCUUCACCGACUAUGACGUAUUGCUUCAGUCCUGUCAAAAUCAACUUGGUCCUGCCACAGGGCUGGGAAACAUGGAAAAUUGGACAGUGAAGGAACUGGUUUCGCAUCGAGUGUAUUACAUGUCACCGCUUUACCGUUUACUUUAUGGACAACUCGGCACGCAGGGCCUUCUUCCGUCGUUCCUUAAACAGGAAAGGCGUAUAUCACUUCUAUGUGCUGCCAUGAAACUCAAUGGCUUCUCCGUCAACUUGUCAGAGGUGGAGGGUUUCAAGGCGCGUUGCACCGCCAGGAUGGAAGAACUCCGGCGUGCCGCCCAGAAGCUUGUCCCCUCGAUGCCAGAUUUUAACAUGCAGAACCUGGAUGAGUGCAGAGCGGCAAUUUACGAAGUUCUGCAACUAGGCAUACACCUGACCCACACCAGGGGCGAUGGAACAGACAGUUGCUCCCUUACUAUCACGAAGAGUGGGAAGCUUUCAACCUCGGAGGAAACGUUAAGGCUUUUGGCGCCACACCAUGAGUUGCCACGCUUGCUGAUCGCAUAUCGCAAAACGGCCAAACUUCUUCAGACCUACACUGUUGGCAUGAUGGAAACCGCGUUUCCUCUUACUGGGGAUGACAGUGAGUUUGCGGACAGUCGUGUUGGGGAGGCUGACGGCAAAGUGGACGCUGCUCACGUCAAGUGGGUCAAGUUGCACCCAAACUUUGUUCAGGAGGGGACGGACACGGGGCGGCUCUCGUGUGUGGAGCCGAACCUACAGAAUCUCCCACGUGCCAGGGCAAUUGCUGAAGACGACAACAGUGAACCAUACGAGGCCGAAAUGGCAACCUUCCGCCGUUGCUUUGCCGUACCUGCCGGGUUGACGCUGUUGUCUGUGGAUUAUGAACAGAUUGAGUUACGGGUACUGGCCCAUUUGUCUGCGGACACGGCGCUUGUGGAUGCCAUGACAAACGCAACGGAUAUUCACCGCAAGAUUGCCGAGACAAUCUUUAGAAAGUCACCUGUAAGUUCUGAGGAACGAACUUUGGCGAAGCGGGCCGUCUUUGGCAUGCUCUACGGCGCCGGACCCCGAACCUUGGCAACGCAGAUGGGUGGCUCAAUGGAACAGGCACUACAUGUGAUGUCACUCUUCAAGUCGUCCUACCCGCAUAUUGAUCGGUAUCAUCGUCGCGUGAUUGAGCAAUGCCGUGCCGAUGGCUUUGUGCGCACGCUGAGUGGUCGCAUCCGCUCCCUCCCCGACAUCAACGACCGCGUCAUGGCAAAGCGAUCGUACGCCGAACGACAGGCGUUUAACUCCGUCGUUCAAGGAAGUGCCGCGGACGUUAUGAAGCUUGCCAUGCUGGCCUUGGAGCGCGACGUACUGCAGUCGCACAGUGGAGACGUGCGUUUGCUGGCGCAGGUGCAUGACGAGGUUGUCCUCUCCCUCCCCACACACAAGCUGCGGGAGAUUGUGCCACUCGUGACACGGAGCAUGACUCACGCCGUGUCGCUGCUCGUUCCGCUCCCUGUGACGGUGAAGAUUGGACAGUCUCUGGGGGAACUGGAGGACUGGACGGUGGAUCAUGAGCUGGGCAUCCGCUAG